AUGACGCACACAGUUACCCCAGAGAUGCGCCAGUUCCUCCAUGAACUUCCAAAGUGUGAGCAUCAUGUCCACUUGGAAGGUACACUGGGUCCUGAACUUCUUUUCCCUUUGGCUGCUAGAAACAACAUACAACUCCCGGAUCAUUUCCCUAAAACUGUGGAUGAUUUACAAUACAAGUAUGACAACUUCAAAGAUUUGCAGGACUUUCUGGACCUUUACUAUGUGGGAAUGAGUGUUUUGAUUACUGAGGACGAUUUCUUUGAACUCGCGUGGGCGUACUUUAGAAAAGCACAUGCGGAUGGCCUACAUCAUGCCGAGACGUUUUUUGAUCCCCAGGGCCAUCUUGAGAGAGGCAUUAGUAUGGAGACCGUUGUGAAGGGAUUUAGAAAGGCGUGCGACAAAGCUGAGGCAGAAUUGGGGAUCACGACUAAGCUUAUCAUGUGCCUUCUGAGGCAUUUGCCAUCUCAAGACGGGUUGGACACCAUUGCCUUGGCCAAGCCAUACUAUGAACAAGGGUUGAUACACGGACUUGGUCUGGACUCCUCUGAAAAGCCUUUCCCGCCAGAGCUUUUCAAAGAAUGCUAUGAGCAUAUGGCCACCAACCAUCCUGGAGUACUUUUGACAGCCCAUGCUGGUGAGGAAGGAGGUCCUGAGUAUAUUCACAAUUCUUUGGAUUUCCUGAAAGUCACACGUAUCGAUCAUGGCGUCAACUCCAUUAAAGACCCACAGUUGAUUAAGAGGCUUGCUGACAGCCAAACAAUGCUGUCAUUAUGUCCGAUAUCGAAUCUGAAGCUCCGCGUCGUGCAAGACAUUGCAGAGCUACCCAUCAGGGAAUGGAUUGAAGCUGGUGUUCCAUUCUCGAUCAACUCUGACGACCCUGCCUACUUCGGGGGUUAUAUUCUAGACAAUUACCUUGCCGUUCAAUCGAAGUUCGGACUGGACGUCCCGACAUGGAAACUGAUUGCCCAGAAUGGAGUCAAAGGCUCUUACAUUCCUCAGUCUCGUAAGGACGAGCUGCUGCAGCGUAUCGAAGAAGUGUGUUCUAAGUACAGUUCUUGA